GUCGCACUGGCUGGGCUUGGAGGGGCGGGCAAAACCCAGACUGCUCUUGAGUUUGCCUUUUGGGUCAAACAUGAGAAGCCAGAGUACUCUAUCUUCUGGCUCUCUGCACUGAGUGCUAGCAGCUUUGAGCAAAGCUGCAACACGGUCGCCACCGAACUGGGCAUUUUCCAGCAAGGUUUAGAUUCCAAAGCCAUUCUGAGAGACUUUCUGAGUUCCAAGAAGUCUGGGCCAUGGCUCAUCAUUGUGGACAACGCUGAUGAGCGGGGCUUGAUUCUGGGUGGUCCUGGUCAUUCCUUCAGUAUCGAUGAACAGUUGCCCCAAAGUCCUGCUGGCCGAAUCCUCUUCACCACCCGCUCAAAUGAGGUAGCCCUUGAAGUUGCUGACGAAGAGCCACUGCAACUUGGGGAAAUGAAACCAGCAGAAGCCUUGGAAUUCCUGGGAAAGUCCAUCAACAGCAAGCUUCUACUUGCAGAUCCUUCUGUUGUCUCGGAGCUGUUGGAAGAGCUUACAUACCUUCCACUGGCAAUUGGUCAAGCCGCAGCUUAUUUGAAUCGAAACAAGGUUACCGUCACUCGAUACCUCGAGUUGUUGCGAGGCACCGAGAAGGAAAUGACUUCCCUGCUAAGUCACGAAUUCCACGACCGAACUCGAUACCGUGGAUCGCAAAACGCUGUGGCAACCACGUGGCGUGUUUCUUUCGACCAGAUCCUCGCGCAAGACCCAAUGGCUGCCAACCUGCUCAAAUUUAUCUCGAGAAUCGAACCCAAGGACAUCCCGCUCCCAAUUCUACCCCGUGGGGACUUGGAAGAGGAACUCACGUACUCAGUUGGCACUCUUUGCUCUUAUGCUUUUUUGGUUCCACGGGAAGACCAAGAAGUCUAUGACAUGCAUAGUCUUGUGCAUUUAGCCACGAGAAUUUGGGUACAGAGGAGUGGGUUGUCCUCCCAGACCACCAUUGACGCGUACAAGCACCUUGCAGCAGUGCUUCAAAAGGGAAGAGGGCAGCAGCCAUACUGGAGACAAUGCAUCUCGCAUGCGCUAAGGGUUCUUCAAUCAGAAGACCGGAUUGAAAGCAAAGAGAAGCUUCUCCUGAGCAGCGAACUGGGUAACUACGUGAUCGGCGAUCGUCGAAUCCGGGAGGCCGACGAAUGCUGUCAAGAAUCCUUCAAUUGGGCUAAGGGGCAUCUCUCCGAGGACGACCUAGAUCGACUGGACUGUGAGGGCAUACUUGCUUUAACUCAUCUUCACAGGGGUCAGUUGGAUAAGUCCUUUGAGCUAUUGCAACACGUCGUGGCAGAGCUAGAAAGAUUGCAUUCAUUUGACAAAGAUCUCACUCCACUUCUUAGAACUCUUCAGAACCUGAAGAGCGUAGCCCAUUUCGGGACAGAUGAGAAGGAGAUC